AUGUCUGCGGAAUUCCGUGUCAACGAUACGUCCAAGUCCUACAGGGACUGCUUUGUCGUCGAAUACUUGGCAUAUACUCUCUGUGCUGGGGAGGACGACGAUGGGGACGAAGCCGGCGAUCCUUUGGUCAUCCGACGUCCACCUUCGCUAUCUCGAAUAUCUCACGUCCCUGGCGCCUUUCCACCCAUUUCUCUGGUGCUAGAAGCGUUUCGAAAGGCCAUCGUCGAGGAGCAGGAGAAGACAGCCAGUAAGAUUCUCUUCGCGUUGAGAGGGAUUGUCAAACUUGGGAUAGAGGGCGCCUUCGCCGUCAGCAAGGAGCUUGCCGCUCGUGAUGUCAUCACAUCCAACUAUCUUUGGACGUUGCUUGCGCCCGGAGAGCGCAGAUACACCAAUAGCGGUGGCCAUAGCCGGCCGGCUCUACAAGCUCCGCCCUUCCAGCUUGCAACAUGA